AUGAACCACGCGGCCAGCCACGUCGUGACGGCGAUGCCCGAAAUCGCCGUCGCCUACGGUGUCUCGGACGAGUUCAGCUUCGUGUUUGACCGCGCCACGACGCUGUUUGAGCGGCGGCGGGACAAGCUCGUGUCCACGGUCGUCAGCACCUUCACGGCCGCGUAUGUGGCCGGGUGGGAUUUGUUUUUUUGUGAUGAUGAUCCCCAAGGGGACGAUGCUGGUGCUGGUGCCGGUGCCAGUGACGGUGACGGUGCGAUAGCACGGAAAAAGUUGACGAUGGACAUGUUGCCCACAUUUGAUGGUCGGGCUGUCUGUUAUCCCUCCUGGGCCAAUCUGAGAGAUUAUCUGAGUUGGAGGCAGGUUGAUUGCCACAUCAACAACCUCUACAACACGACCUUCUGGGCCCUGGUCCAGCAAGGCGGCAUGACCCACACCGCGGCCGAGGAGCUCCUCAAGGGCACCCUAGCCAGCGACAAGAACGAGAUCCUGUGGUCGCGCUUUGGCAUCAACUACAACAACGAGCCCGAGAUGUACAGGAAGGGUAGCGUCGUGUUUCGCGAGUAUCGAGUCGAGGACCUUCCAGGGUCUCAUCAGAAGGGUAGAGGAAGGGGAGGGGGCCAGCGACAGCGACAGCGGAAGCGGAAGCAGGGACAGGAAAAGAAACAAGAGGACCAGCGAAACCGGGAAUUGGACCGAAAGCAGGACCACGAGCAUGAGGACGACGACGACGAAGACACUCAACAAUCCGCGGUCCCCGAACCUGCCCUCUCCAAAACCCAAGCUGAGAGGUUGCGCAAGGCGAAGAAAAAGGCCACAGUGGUCACGAGCCACGUCGACAUCAUCCGCGACGAAUUUUGGGUUCGCAGGCCGUGGAUCAGGAGUGGAAGGCCGGGGAGGGAGGUUGGUGGUGGGGAAGAUGACAAUAAAGAAGAAGGGGCAGAAGAAGACAGGAAAGAAGGGGAAGGAGGAGGAGGUGGGGGAAAAGAACAACAACAACAAGGGGAUACCAAAUCGUGA